AUGAGAAGACAGAGCACAAUUACCACUCCAGCUAGAGGUGUGAGACCAGUCAGGAAGGAUGCAUUCCCAUACUUGGAUACCCGGGAGAUUACUUCAUGUUUGUUGGAGUGUGACUUUAAUGUAUCAUUAGAGCUUGUUGCAAAACCAACCAGUGAUUUUAUAAUCAGAUUGUAUACACAUUUCCUUGAGACGUUCAUGGGUAUCGAAAACAUCUACGAGAGAGCAAAGGAACAGGCAAGGAGAAGGCUGGAGGCUAUGAAAAGCAGGAACGACGAUGCAUCAAACGAAGGUGCUGAUCAAAAUGGUGGAACCAACAUUGAAGAGAAUGAAAUUGAACCAUCACCCACUGAUGAAAUACUUACAUUGUUUAGGUGUUGUCGAAAGUUUUUUCAAAAUAUCGGGGUUGACGACCUUACACUCCUAGACUUGACACGCCCAGAGGCAUUGAGUACGAAACGAUUACUAAGUGCUGUUGUCAACUAUCUACGGUUCCGAGAAAACAUUUCCUCCGAGUACGAGAAUUUGGCUGAAGAAGCUGAUGCUACGACAACAAGGAUCCAACAACUACAAGAAGAGAACGAAGCGCGUGUUUCCCAGAUUAAUAAAUUGCAGAGGAAAUUAAAGUAUGAAGACGAUGGACUUAGCGAUGUACCCAGGCACGAACUACAACAUGUUUACAAUUACAACAGAAAAUUAGAGUCAAAACUUCGUCAGCUCAAGUCAACACAAGAAAGAUUGACUAAACAACAUGAUGACUACAAGACAGAAAAGAACUCGCUAGCUACUCAACUAUACGAUAUUGGCUUCCUUUGCGAUGAAACCACUGGUGAGAUUGAAAAUUUAAAAAGCUUUAAGGAGAAAGAUAUUGGCCAAUUGACUACCAUUGUCAAUGACUUGAACAAGGAGGCUGAGGGAUUGAUAAGAACUUUCGUGACAUUUGACAAGCAGUAUCAAAACUUGGGCAAAACACUUGAUUCAAUACAAGUGAAUGAAUUGAGCAUCAAUAAUUUGAUUAGAGUGGCAGAAGAUAUUUCGAGGCUGUUGACCAAAGACGAAAGUGACAUUUACAAUAUACGCCAACACAAUGACAAAUUACAAGACAUCACUCGAGAGUCUAAUGAUUUGGCCAAACAAAUUCAAACAAGAGCAGACCAGUUGGCCAAGUACGAAAGAAAGUAUCGUGAUUUGGAGGAACUGUAUACGAAAAAGUAUGAAACGUUGAGCAAAAAGUUAAAGGAAACAAACGAAGCUUUGGAUGAAGUGAUGCGACUCAAUGCAGAACGCAAUGAAGAGAAUAAGCGAACACAUAAAUUAAUCUCCAAGAUAAAACAAGAGACGGAUGAUAUUAUAAGUAAUUUCGAGAAAGAUGUUAAAUCUAAAGAGGCACAGUUGGCUCAAUUAAAGUAUAUAUUAACGUCUUAUAUGGAACGUUUAACAAAAACGUUUUCUAGCAAGGCCCUGAAUAGUUAA